AUGCUACCACAGCUCAUCUCGAAACUGGGACAUCCUCUUGAAGAAGUUCGAGGAAGAGCUCUUGAUGCCUUAUCAGGGAAAUUGGACUUGAAGAUAUUCCAAGCAGAUGAAUUGUGUGACUCUCAGGAUCUCUUCAUGAAGUUAUUGUCUUGGUUGAAGCAAUCCAAAGGAGGGAGAAAUUGUGAUAUUUUGAAUUUCAUAAUAAAGCUGCUCAAGCAUGCAGGUGAUAAAGGUGCAAACCAGGUGAAGAAAUAUGGGGGAGAGGAGAUAUGUGAAGAGCUUCUCCAGGUGGCAAUUGGCAAUGAGAAAUCUCUCUUAGAGGAAAUCAUAACUCUUCUAGCUCCUGGGCAUAAAGCUGAGCAACCCAGUAGGAGUUUGAGUAUGUUUCCUGUCUUUUGCAUCUGUGGCACCCCAGCAUGCUACACAUCCUAUCUUCGCAACCAGUUAGGAGGCCCAGGGAUUUAUGCUCUGGAUGACCUCUAG